AUUAUUUUUGUAACUCAGACGCACGCCUGUGUAUAUAUAAAUAUGACCAUGUGUAUUUAUAUAUCAUAGUGUGUGUUCUUCUGUAUUCAGUGGGGCAGGGAUAUUAUCACUGAAUAACAGCAUCACAUUUUUCCCAGAUAAGCGGCAAGGCUUUGCUGGUAGCCUCUGUGCCUCCACUCCUGCUCUUGGCUAUUUUUUCUCCAUAUUCUUCAGACAAGCUGGGCUUCUGCCCCACUGCACACACCAUGAGACCUGAGGCUCUGCAUUCUGCAAUGCUUUCAUACCAAUGGGGAUGCAGAGUCUGAUCUCUCCAGAGCUACAGAAUUUGCCUCCCUAAGAUGCUCAGACUGGACCCCUUAUUUAUCCUGGUGGUUUCCAUGUCGUAUUUCAAUCCUGAAAAGGCCUUGGCAGCCCCGGCAGAAAACGAUGGAUCCUCUCAAGGGCGCGUUCCUCUCGCUCCUCCAUAUGCCGUGGUCCUUAUUUCCUGCUCAGGACUCUUAGCCUUCAUCUUCCUACUACUCACUUGCCUCUGCUGCAAGAGAGGAGAUGUCGGAUUUAAGGAAUUUGAGAAUCCCGAUGGAGAAGAGUUUUCAGGAGAAUACACCCCACCAGCCGAAGAGACCUCCUCUUCACAGUCCAUCCCUGAUGUAUACAUUCUGCCUCUGUCAGAGGUCUCUUUGCCUGUUUCCAAUACACAAGCCCCUAAAACAGUGAAGCAAACUGGCUUUAGCCGACAGGAUCUGAGCUAUCUCCAGGAGAUUGGCAAUGGAUGGUUCGGAAAGGUGAUCCUGGGAGAGAUUUUCUCUGACUAUACCCCGGCCCAAGUGGUGGUAAAGGAGUUAAGGGUUAAUGCCAGCCCCCUGGAACAGAGGAAGUUUCUGUCGGAAGCGCAGCCCUACAGAAGCCUUCAACAUUCCAACAUUCUCCAGUGCCUGGGGCUAUGCACCGAGACCAUCCCCUUUCUGCUCAUCAUGGAAUUCUGCCAGCUGGGAGACUUAAAGAGGUAUCUGAGGGCCCAGCGCAAGGCAGAUGGCAUGACCCCUGACCUCCUUACCUGUGACCUCACCACUUUGCAACGAAUGGCCUAUGAGAUAACACUGGGACUCAUGCACCUUCAUAAAAAUAAUUACAUACACAGUGACCUGGCCCUGAGGAACUGUCUCCUCACCUCUGACCUCACCGUUCGUAUCGGGGAUUAUGGGAUCUCUCAUAACAAUUACAAGGAGGAUUAUUACAUCACUCCGGAUCGUCUCUGGAUCCCAUUGCGCUGGGUUGCUCCGGAACUCCUUGAUGAAGUUCAUGGAAACCUAGUUGUUGUUGAUCAAAGCAAGGAGAGCAACGUCUGGUCCUUAGGCGUGACUAUGUGGGAGCUCUUUGAAUUUGGAAGCCAGCCAUAUCGACACCUAUCCGAUGAGGAGGUGUUGACCUUUGUGAUCAAAGAACAACAAAUGAAGCUGGCAAAACCUCGACUGAAGUUGCCUCACUCAGAUUACUGGUACGAGGUGAUGCAGUCCUGCUGGUUACCUACUGAACAAAGGCCAUCUGUGGAAGAGCUUCAUCUGCAGCUCACAUAUCUAUUAAAUGAAUGCUCCAAUCAAACAGAGGAAAGUUUUGAGUGGCGCUGGAAUGCACUUAAGCCAACCAAAACAUCAGGGGGCCCGUUACACCACUCUGAAGAGAUUUCUGCUUUCCCCCUGCUUGAUAAUUUUAAUGGUGGUGAUGGAUUUCAUGCUGACAUGGAUGAUAUUUUGACUGUAACAGAGAGCAGCCGAGGUCUCAAUUUUGAGUACAUGUGGGAGAAAGCCCGUCUGGGAAGAUGGAAGGCCACACCUCAGUGUCAAAAUUAUCCACCCAGUAAUGGGGGGUUAACAGUGCCAGCAAAUCCCUUUUAUGAAUCCAACCAUCAGCACUCACGCCAGAGUUUAGAGACUCCCAGUGUGGUCCCAGUCAUUAGUGCUCGUAGUCCUUCAGUCAGUAGUGAAUAUUACAUUCGCUUGGAAGAACAUACAGAUAGAGGUAACAAUGUAGACUGUACUGUUUGUGCACCUAGCCCAAUAUAUGAAAGAAAAUAUGAGCUACAAGAGCCAAGAAGCCUCCAUCAACGUUUAACCAUUGGAAGCCCAGCCUCCCCUAUUGAACCACUUUUUUCAUCUGACUGGGAUCCCCUUGAAAGUGAAAGAACUAGUCCAGAGGAUCCACCUGGUCAUUUGAUUUUACAUGAAGUUCCUAAACUUAUUGAUCGAUGGACACCAGGUAACAAUAACCCUUUUAUUACUGUGGGCAGAGACUUGCCUCGUUAUAUGAACCCUUUCCGAGGGCCUGCCGACAGAGACUUAUCAAGGCAAGUACAGGAAACUUCUUUAAUUGAACCAGUGGCAGAUGUAUUUUCUUCUGACUCAAUUUUGAAUGUUUAUCGAGACAUUGAAGAUCACAGAAGGAGCUGGGAUUCUGAUACAAUGGAAGAAAGAGGAGCAGGAGAAACAUUGGCUGGAGAUCCUGAAUCUUUGGCUGAAUUUUUAGAUGACCGUGCAUCCCCAUGGGAUUGUGAGCCUUCUCUGAUGGAAGAUCAGAGCUCAGAAAGUAGCAGUAGCAGCACAGACAACAGCAAUCGCCGAAAUAUGCCUUCCUGUCCCUUGUGCAGCAGGGGGGUUAUGGGUGGUCUACAGAGGUGCUCCUGUGCUAUGCUACGAGGUGAUGUUGUGAUUGAUUGGACCGCACAUGUUGCCAUGCAUCAGGACCACUAUGGUCUUGAUGAUGACUCGUCUUUAAAAGUUGAACAAGGUUCUCUAUCCGAAUGCUCUAUUCCCACACGAACCUUUGGGGAUGGUGAUCUCUUUACUGGACCUUUCGGUGAUAGCCUUUGUCCUUCAGAACACCAGGAGUUUUAUGACCCUCUCAUGGGAGCAGCUGUUAAAAGUUAUGACAUUCAAGACUACCGUAAUCGUAGCCAAGUAAAGGCCUAUGAAUCUCUACAGAAGAAUGUCUCCAAUCAUCCUCCAUCUCCUUUUAUUGGAAUAUCAAAUUCAAUGGCUAAUUGCAGUGUCAUUGUGCCUAUUGAAAUACCGCCCCUUUCCACUCUUGCUGAAAGCAUGGAAGAAGAGGAAACCAUAGAAAUUUCUACUGAUGUAAUAAAAAGGUUCCCAGUUACCCAAAACACAUUGACAAUAGAAAAAUUUUCCCAAAAUGACUCAAGAGCAACAUUGGACUCUGUUGACUCCUUAGAUAUUCCCUCCAACACCAGUUCAUCAGAUGUAUGCAGCCCUAGCUCUCAUUACUCGUCCCCUGGUCAGAAGUUUGGAGACAGCGGUUAUGAAACAGAAAACACCUUUUCUCCUGAGUUUAUUUUUAAGGACAUAAAAGAAGAAGGAGGUCUCAGACAUGUAAAGCUACCUUUAACUCCAAUAUCCGAAUCUACCAGUGAUCUGACAUUAACAGAGGAUACGCCUGAAGCACACACAACACCUGGGGAUGAGGAUUCACUUCGGAAUUUGGAGAUCGGAACACCCCAUCGAGAUUCUGCUUAUUUUUCUGACUAUGAUAAUGAAUGCGAAAAACACUGUAGAGCUGCACAACAAAACCUUGUUGCUGGGAGUCACAAUGGAUUUUCCAAAGAAGAAGAGACAACAGUUCCAGCAUUAGUGGAGGAGGAUACUCCAAACCUAGAAGAAGCUCCAGAAUCUAAAGAUAUAGAGAUUACAGAGACUUCCUGUGAAUUUACAGAUGAAGAAUGCAGCUUACAAAAUGCGUCAAUGGAUGAUAUCCCCAUGGAUUCUAAAGAGGAAACAUUGAAUUGUAAUGGAGAGCUAAACAACUCUUCAAAAGAGAAUGAACCAAACCAUCUUCUUUCUGAAAACACAAACACACCACGUGAAAAAAAUAAUGAAAAACAAACAAUAAUUAUCGAUCAGAGGAAUGAAGAGGACAACACUCUGAAAAAACAGCCAGAAAGUGGAUUUGUUGUUCAGGUUUGCAAAGAACAGCUCCUCGUUUCAUUGAGGGAAAAUGUAACGCGAAAUGUACUUUCUACAUUUGAAUCUUCUGAUAUAGUAAAUUCAUGUGUCUUGAAAGACCAGGCUGUGUUAAAAUUAUGGUCAAUGGAAACAACUGCAAACCCGCUGAGUGAAAGCUUACUGAAAAAUGAAAGCAUGAACAAACAGCCAUCUGAGGAACAGUUGGAAGAGAGUAAUCCUCGCAACAGUGGUUCUACAAAUAACAUGGAGUCAGCUAAUGAAUGCGGCAACAAGGAACCUAUGGACAUCAUUAAAGAAGAGCCUGAAGACCCCGUCCAGCAGCAGCAACAGGAGGAAGCACCUAGGCCAGAGGAUAAAAAAGAUGAAACCAAACAAGAAACUUUUUCUGAAACGGGCAUAGAUUUGUUGGAACAGCCUGUUGAAAACUGCCAAGACUCUAGCAAUGAAACAAAAGAACAAGCAAAACUUUUCCUAGAUUUUGGUUCAACGAAUGCAGGAAGUGAAGCUAUAAAAGCUAAGGUUGCCAGGCUUUCAUUAUCCCUUCCUCCUCUAAACCUGCAAGCAUUUCAGAACCCAACUGGGCGCAAGUCUUUAUGGGAUAACAAUGAAGAAUGGGAAUCCCCACAGACCAAGGAAGAGGAUGAAGAAGAGGAUGGAUUUAGCUUUCAAGACCAGCAGAGAGCAGGCUCAGAAUCGGAAGGGGAUGUGGCCGGGAUCCCCAUUGUUGUGUCGGAGACAGAUGAUGGGCGCAACUUACGAAGCUUGCUGAAAUCUCCCAAAUCAGCAGAUGAGGCUGAUGAUGAUCUUGAUCGGAAAAGGAAAAUGGUGUCAUUUUUUGAUGAUGUGACUGUUUAUCUGUUUGACCAGGAGACACCGACAAAUGAACUGAGUAAUCAGAGUGGUGCAGAGGGGGAUCAGAUUCCACACAACCCCAACGUAGACCCAACCAUUGAUAAUUUUUCAUCAACUGAUGGUUUCAGUGGAAGUUUUGAGUGGGAUGAUGAUUUCCCACUGAUGACCCAGAAUUCCUCAUUUAUUCCCAUGGCAACUGAGGGAGCCGCACUGAAGUCCCACAUAAAUCCCACCUCACCGCCACCUCCUUCAACGUUUCAGGGGAAACGGGUGGACCCUUCCCUGAUGGACACACUCCGAUUCACACGCUUUACAGUUUCCCCAGCUGUGGAUCCACAUCCAGUGCUUGAAACAGAUGUGGCGCCCUCUGCAGGUAUUGAAAACUAAAGGCACUGGCAAAUCCCAGUCUGAUAUCCAUUAUACCAGCACACCCCUAUCUCUGUGGCCUCUAAAGCAGGCAUUGCUUGGUCAGCUCUGGAUCAUGCCACGAACAAGAUAAUAUAUAAUCAUACAGGACCAGCAAGGCCUGGAAGAGGCAUAAGUAUUCCAGCCAAUGGAUGGAGAUGCUAGAGAUGUAUGGAUAUCCUUAGUCCCGCAAUGAUCAAUGCCUGGAAAUGAGCUCCUCAUAGAUAAAGCAUGGAAGACCUUCACGUCAUACAGAUUUUACAGGGAAUAUUUUUUUAUAUUCUCAACGUGCCAAACGGAUUCCAUUCUAUUGAUGUCCAAUUCCAGCAGCGAUUUGAACUUUCCAUGCUGAUCUCUUGUGCUUCUAGUGUAUAUUCACCGUGGCCUGAAACCCUCAUUGAUUUGUUUUCCCCUGUUGUUUGAACAUAUAACCCAAAGGAAUGGAUGUAAAGGGAAUGAAAACCAAUCUAUACAUUGCCAACUGGAAAAGAAUACUCAUCAUCAUUUAAUUUUGGGCCAAUAAUUUGUGUUCUACUGGAAUAUAAGUAAGCCUGUAGCUGGUAACAGUAAAGCCUAACAUUGUGCUACUCUUCUAUGAAAGUGGCCAUUUCCAAAACUAUAUCUGGAAAUCCCUAUUACCCGAAAUUCUCAAGAUAUCAAUUUAUUGUUCAAUAACAGUGCAACAUACUUUAGUUUGAUGACCUGAUUAUGGAAUAGGGCUCCAACAUUGAGACUUGUAUAGCAGAGAAUGUUGUGUUAACAUCUAAACAAGAUGCAGGAAUUGUAUAUGAUAUAUUGCUACAAGAAGAUCAUUCCAACCUCUAAUGUACACACUGAACCUUGGUGUGAACCCCAAUAAGCAUAAAGGUUUCUAAGGGAGGUGCAGACAGGGUCAUCAGUCCUGGGUCCAACACAUAGUGGACAGGUGUAGGUAGGAAGAGUGAAGAAUAACAGGUCUAUUGGGACCAGGAUGGUGACAGUGGGAAAAGAUGGGCAAAGUUACAGUUGGCAUUAGCGUAGCCCAACCUGCAGCCCAUCAGUUUUGUGGAAGGGUCAAAGUUAUAUUCCAGCAACAGUUAUAGGUCCAAAGGUUGCUAAUUUAUACAGAUAAAGAAGUCCCGCAAAGUCUUUAUUGUGCCCAGCGCAGCUAGACAUGGGCCAUCAAACCGAGAUGCAAAUAUUCUCUAUCAUUUUCAAACUCAUUGACUUUUUUAGGCUUUUUGUGUAUUUUCGAAUAACUCUGGAACCAACAUGUAGCCCUUUUUACGUAUUUCUGACUAUGAGUGGUAUAGCAUGCAUGAAGGCAUAUGGAUGUGAACCUUGCAUCCCUUUAAUGUUGCACUGUUAUAGAACAAUGGUAAAAGAACCAUUCAGACCUCCACAUAGAAUAUUUGGAAGCUUAAGUAGAACCAGCGUGUCCAUAAGGAACAGCUAGCUGUGAAAGUUAGGUAAGCGACAACGUCGGCUAAUGACGCACUUGCCAAGAAUAGACCGAGUCGAGGAGAAGAACCACUGAGAAACAGAGAUAGGUAUAAUAAUAGACACGUGCUUUAAUGCCGGGGAAAUUCAUAUGGUGACAUAUAGCAACGGUGCCGAGGUGGCAACUGAUGUUAAAAAUAGGUAUCAGGGUGUUAUCCUUUAUCUGAUAAGGCACUGGGAAAAUCACUUCUCUACUUAUUUUGGGAAAAUUAUACAUUGGAGUGGGAUAAAGUACGACCUACUGUAAAUGAUAUGGAUAGAGGUAUCCCUAUAGGUAGAAUUUUUCUGCAGGAGGUACAUUAUCCCUUGUACAGGUAUGGGACCUGUUAUCCAGAAUGCUCAGGACCUGGGUUUUUUUGGAUAAAGGGUCUUUCUGUAAUUUGGAUCUUCAUACCUUAAGGCUACUAACAGGGGUAAAACUACAGAGGAAGCAGACCCUGUGGUUGCAGGGAGGGCAGUGGUGUAGAGUGCCCAGUAAUGGCCGAACUAAUGAACAAUUUUAAUACAGGUAUGGGACCUGUGAUCCAGAAUGCUCGGGACCAGGGGGUUUUCUGGAUAAGGGUCUUUACGUAAUUUGGAUCUCCAUACCUUAAGUCUACACCAAUAAGGAUCCAUACAGUGCAGUUACUAUCAAGUACAGGUACUGUUAUAUAAUUACAGAGAAAGGAAAUCAUUUAACCAUUAAAUAAACCCAAUAGGGCUGUUCUGCCCCCAAUAAGGGGUAAUUAUAUCUUAGUUGGGAUCAAGUACAGGUACUGUUUUAUUAUUACAGAGAAAAGGGAAUCAUUUAACCAUUAAAUAAACCCAAUAGGGCUG